UAGCCAUACAAUGGAGAUGGAGAGGCAGAAGAACGCACCACUUCUCGUGAGGAGGACGAAGGAGAGGGAGGGCCAGGUCCAAAGGCUAGCCAGCGAGGUAUGGGAAGAGUCCAUGAAGCUGUGGGAGGUGGUCGGCCCGGCCGUGUUCAUGAGGCUGGUCCUCUACAGCCUGAACAUCAUCAGCCAGUCCUUCGCCGGCCAUCUCGGCGACCGUGAGCUCGCCGCCUUCUCCAUCGCCAGCACCGUCGUCUCCGGCUUCAACCUCGGCUUCUUCCUUGGCAUGGCGAGCGCGCUGGAGACGCUGUGCGGCCAGGCGUACGGCGCGAAGCAGUACGCGAUGCUGGGCGUGUACAUGCAGCGCUCGUGGCUUGUCCUCCUGGCUUUCGCGGCGCUCCUUUCCCCGACCUACAUCUUCAGCGGGCAGCUGCUCCGCGCGCUCGGCCAGCCCGCCGAUCUGGCCCGCGAGGCCGGGGCCGUCAGCGCCUGCCUGCUCCCGCUGCACUUCAUGUACGCCAUCCUCCUGCCGCUCAACAAGUUCCUCCAGUGCCAGAGGAAGAACGCGGUCACCACCGCCGUGGCGUUCCCGGUGCAUGCCGCGGUGACCUGGCUGCUGGUCAGCUACCUCGGGCUCGGGGUCGUCGGCGCCGCCAUCGCGCUCAACUUCUCGUGGGCGCUCGUCGUGGCGCUGCAGCUCGCGUACGCCGUCGGCGGCGGCUGCCCGGAGACGUGGGGUGGGUUCUCGUCGUUGGCGUUCGUGGACAUCUGGGGGUUCGUCAAGUUGUCCUCCGCAUCCGGAGUCAUGUUGUGCUUGGAGAGUUGGUACUACAGGGUUCUGAUCUUCGUCACUGGGUACAUGAAGAACGCGGAGCUUGCCGUGGAUGCCUUGUCUAUCUGCUUGAGUUUGAAUGGAUUGGAGAUGAUGAUCCCAUUGGGGUUCUUGGCAGGCACCGGGGUGCGGGUCGCCAACGAGCUCGGCGCGGGCAACGGACGCGGGGCGAGAUUCACGACGAUGGCGUCGACGACGACCUCCUUUCCGAUCAGCAUCUUCUUCUGCUUGGCGGCGUUGGGCCUCCACGGCAGGCUCGCCCUCAUCUUCUCAUCGAGCAAGGCCGUGAUCGACGCCGUGGACGACAUGUCCGUCCUGCUGGCCCUCACCAUCCUCCUCAACGGAGUCCAACCCGUCCUUUCAGGAGUUGCAGUUGGGUCAGGUUGGCAGGCGCUGGUUGCGUAUGUGAACAUUGGGAGCUACUACCUCAUCGGUGUCCCGCUCGGCGCUCUGCUGGGAUGGACCUUCCAUCUUGGUGUACAUGGAAUUUGGGCGGGAAUGAUCGGUGGCACGACGGUCCAGACGCUGAUCCUCGCCCACAUGACCAUGCGAUGCGACUGGGAUCAAGAGGCCUUGAAAGCAAGUAACCGUAUGGGGCUGAUGUGAAGCUCCGAUUGAUCAGUCCGAAGAAGCCUGUAGUCAUGCAUCGAACAAGUGUAGAUGGUGUAGUUAGAAGUGAAUGUUUUUCUUUUGAGCGAACUCUGGUUUUUUUUUUCAU